CCAGUGGGAUGAGCUGUGGGGUCCCAGUGGGUUAGCUGUGGGAUCCCAGUGGGAUGAGCCAUGGAAUCCCACUGGGAUGAGCCAUGGGGUCCCAGUGGGAUGAGCUGUGGGAUCCCAGUGGGAUGAGCCACGGGGCCUCACUGGGAUGAGCCACGGGGCCCCACUGGAGUGAGCUGUGGUCCCCGUAAGGUGGCCCAUGGGGCAGCACAUAGGGUGGGCCCCUGGUUCAGGCAGUGCUGUGGGGCAGGAAGCAGUGUGGUGCGGAAGCCAGCAGCCCUGCGUGAGGCUGUUCACACGCGUCCCUGCUCAGGCCCCCUCAUGGCGGUUCCUGGCACCUUCCUCGUGCCUCUCCUCCUUCUCCUCUGUGGGCCAGGUCCCUAUCCUGCUGCUGCCCAAAGCCAUCCAGGGGUGGAGUGUGUCCUCUUCAACGAGGAGUACAUGACCUGCAAGUGGGGGACCAGAGAGACACUCAGCGUCAACUACUCCCUCUACUACCGGUACAAGAACGCAUCUGACAAGGUGGAGUGCAAGCAUUACCUGCAGGACCAUGGUGUCAGGGUCGGCUGCUACUUCAAGCGGAACGAGCUCAUCCAGUUCCAGUCUUUCCAUGUUUUCAUCAAUGCCAGCAUUGAUGGCAAGACCCUGGAGAUCCCCAGCAAGCGCAUGUUGCUGCAGGACCUGGGUACGGAGGGAACCCCCUCUCCUCUGAAGAGCUUGAAACCAGAGGCGCCCGUCAACCUGACCAUCCGCAACAUGAGCAACAAUCAGCUGCAGCUGACCUGGGCCACCCCGUACCCCAAAGCCAGGUGCCUGGAGCAUGCUGUCAAGUACAAGAGCAACAAGGACACCAGCUGGACGGAGCUCUCGGUGAAUGGAGAUGUCUUCUCCUUGCCCAGUGUGGACUAUGAGAAGUACUACACCUUCUACGUGCGCAGCAAGAUCAACAAAUACUGUGGCAGCACCCAGUUCUGGAGUGAGUGGAGCGCUCCUGUCUUCUGGGGCAGCAAGUCCACCAGCAAGGGCACAGUGGAGGAACAGCUGCACUGGUUCAAGAUCCACACCAUCUUGGUCCCCAUUGCCUCCUGCCUGCUCCUGCUGGUCCUUGUCAUCCUCCUGAUGCGCAUAGAAAGGGUAUGGGUCAUCCUGAUGCCCCGAAUUCCCAACCCCAGCAAGAAUUUUGAUGAGCUGUUCAUCACCCACAACGGCAACUUCCAGGAAUGGGCUGGAGUCCCCAAAGAUGUCGUGGAGAGCUUCAAGCCCAACUACAGUGAGAACAUCUGCUAUGUGACUGAGCUGCCACCCAAGGACAGCCAUGAGCCCCUCUGGGACAGCAGCAACCACGCACCACCUCCAAUGCCUGGGCCCCCAGCCGCCCCCAGCGAGCACAGCCCCUACCAGAAGAGCUAUGGGAGAGUGUGACACACUCCUGCAGCCCUGCACCCGCCCUGCUCCACAGCUUUGCUGCCCAAACCUUACCGCUCCACAAGCCCUGCUCCCCGCUCCUGCCAUGCCUCUGCCAAAGGCCCUGCAUCGCCAGUCUUGCUUCCUGCCAAGUCCCCUUCCCUGCUCCAAGGUGUCCACAAGCACACCCAGGGAUGUGUCCUGCUGAAUGGGCAGCUGCAGCUGAGCAGACGGGGGCCACUGGCCAACUGAUGGGGACAGAUGGGAUAAGGAGUCCCAGGGAGGCAAAGUGUGGAAAAAUAAUGGAAGAUAGGCAAGGAAGAUUGCAAACAUGCUCAAGUGCCUUGCAGCUGAUGUAGAAAAACACAUAUAACAUACUCAUCGUUGUUUAGUUUUGUGUGCUCAGUAAGUAGAACUCCUGUGUUUAGAUAACACAGGCCUGUGAUAGACUUAGUGGCACCUUAUUUAACAUGCUUGAAAUUCCUGCCCUGCUGUGGGAAAGAUCAAAUCACAGUGGUAAACCACAACUGCACAAUUCCUUGAUAAACAAGCAAAAACAGCAGGUUCGGUGAUCCUCUAGGGUGGAACAAGAUCCACAGUGCCUGCAUCCCUGCUUGUGUGCCUCUGCCUGGGUGCUGCUUGGGGGAUCCUCCAAUUGGUGAGGUAAUAAAAAUAAAUUUCCUCUUUGCCUUUCA